AUGCCACUUCCUCUCCUGUGUCCCACACCACUACGCUGGCAACAGCAACAGUUAUACCAGCUGACGCCAAGGAGGCAGUACAUAGCUAUCGGCCCUGGGAAGUUGGAGUUGGAGAGUGAGGUAAUAAAUGCAUAUCUGACACUGAAAGUGAGGCAGCACAAUUUGACCUCACCAGAGAAAGCCUUCCAUAUGGACACAUUUGCUAUAACAGCCAUGUGGAAUGGAAAAUAUCAGGGACUCAAGGUGGACCCAGCAAACUAUGAGGUCAUAGUGGGCAUUGUAAAUGAGUGUCACCAUUGGUUUUUUAAUUUUUCUUUUUCUUUAAACUUUUUCCAGUUUGCAGAACAUAUUUUGCAAAAUACCAACAUUGACUUCUCCAAUGCGCCACAAGACGUAACACAACUCAGAAUGGAGAUUGCAUCAACUCUGCUUGACCAAUCUGAUGACCUAAGUGACCGGUGUUACUUUUGUGGGGAGGCAGAAACAUUUGAUGACUCUGCGGAUGUUCUCUGGAUUUCCUGUGACGACUGUGGGCGAUGGUUCCAUAUGAUUUGUGUUAAUAAUCCAUCCACAGAAAAAGAAUACAAAUGCUUUUCUUGCAAUAAAUCUAAUUGA